AUGACUCUCAAGCCGAGACAACCACCAAAUGCUUUUAUUCAACCGAUGGAAGGAGGGGGAGACUAUUGUCAAAUUUUUAGAAAAAUCCGCAGAUUUAUACCUGUAUUUGUUCCGAAUGACUCUCAAGCUGAGACAGUAGCCAACUUGUUAGAACCCUCGACCAGUCUCAACGGAUUUAUACCUGUAUUUGUUCCAAAUGACUCUCAAGCUGAGACAGUAGCCAACUUAUUAGAACCCUCGACCAGUCUCAACGAAUAUCGAUACAGAUCUCGUCGACCUCAAGAGAGAAAACGAAGUGGUCAAGCUACUGCGAAAAAACAAACCGCUCAGCAGAAACAACAAUCACAACAACUUCGAACAUCUCUAACGCCUUUACAACACCCAAAUCCAAAGAUUGAAAAGAUCACCACACCACAGAAUGAAACCAAUGAAACUAUUACACCACCGAAUGCAUCUCUACAGCAAAUACCUUAUACCCAAAGUCUCGAGAACAGUUUACACAAUACAUUCAAUAUUGGUGAAGUUAAAGCUGGUUUUACAUUUAAUGUCGAGUCGAUGAUAUGUUAA